AUGACACACCUCGUGUUGGAAACGUACGAUGAGGAAACCGAUCCGAAGGAUCAUCUACUUCGUUUCAAUGCAAAGAUGGCGAUGAGCGCAGUUUCUGACGUGGUAAAGUGUAGAAUGCUUCCAUCCACAUUCCGAGGAGCAGCUAUGGACUGGUUUAUGGCUUUGCCUCAGGGAUACCUAGCCAAGUUCCGCGACUUCUCAUCAAAACUCCUCGACCAUUUCUCCGCGAGAACGAUCGAAGAUUUGUUUGAUGUUCGGCAGCGGGAGCGUGAAACCUUGAAACAGUAUAUGAAGCGAUACAGUGCUGCAGCCGCAAGGUUCGAGGAAUUGGAGCCACGCAUGUGCGUGUGCGCUUUCAAAGGCGGCUUGUCCCGGGGAGAGUUUAGCCGCGAACUAAGUAGGGAGUUAGCAUGCUCAUUGACGGAAGUCCGCGCCCGAGCGCAAGACUACAUCCUAGAAGAGGAAAUUGAAGCAUACAAGAGAAAGCACGAGAGGGCAGCGAAGGUGGCGCUGGCGAGGAAACGGAUACAGGAUGAGGAAGCAAGUCACGAGCGGAAGGUUAAAGAAGCUGACCGAUUUGUUAAGAAAAACAAGGGAGGGCUACCCAGUUCAGGAAGAAAAAACGCAAGGGACCGGCGUUCUCAGCGAACAGCGGAAACAAGCCGGCGAACGAGGCCGAAGGGGCGCUCAGGUAAGGAGUUGACAAAAUUACUCUUGAAAGCAGGAAUUGAAGACAUGAAAAGGGAGGGCGAGUGCAGAAUGGACCCAGGGUACAAGGCGAAGGAUCAGCCCAAGUAG